AUGCCCUACACCUACAUUGCCUCCACAGCUGUAGACGUCGAAGGCGACUUGGUGGCGGAAAGCAGUGACUUCAAUGUCUCCUCACGCGCCUUCUUCCAGAACGGCAAGUUCUAUGUGACGCCGGACAGCGAUAAUUUUUUGUAUAAAUACACAUUUUCCAAUGCCAUGGCGCAGUCCAUCAAGCUGGGUCUGUGGGAAGCUACGCUGGACCGUUACAUUGACUCCAUGGAGUACUUGACGGAGGAUCUGAAGCGUGGCCGCCGCCUGCGCAUUUCACGUGCUGCCAUGUUACGCAAAACAGGCGAAUUGUUUGCUCUAAGACAUUCUAUUAACUUGUCCUCGGAUCUGCUAGAUGCGCCAGACUUUUAUUGGGAUCGCGAGGAGCUGGAGGGUCUGUACCUACAAGUGUGCUCAUACUUUAGUAUCACACGUCGCACCAAGGUGAUGAACGAGAAGAUCAAUCACUGCGUCGAACUGGCGGAGCUGGUCUCGCACAAUCUAAACGACGCGCAUCAUAUACGACUCGAGUGGAUGAUCAUUAUACUAAUUAUGGUGGAGGUGGGAUUCGAGAUUUUGCAUUUCGUUGGCGAUUCGUUGCAUCCAGCUGAGGUGCAUGCUGCCACUGACGAUACCAAGGCAUAA